AUGAAUCAGCGGGUGGAUUUCACCAGUUCUGCUGCGGCAGAGGGAGGAUUCGAUUCGUAUAGGGAUGGUCGGGACGUGCGCCGUUGCUUGAAUGAGCUUCAAACGUCGCUUUCAUCGUUCAUAGUACCAGCUAAAGCCGACAUCUCGUCGGAUGCUGCGGCUGCUCAUAACGAAGCAUCAGCUUCUCUGCCUUCCCUGGAAGCGUCUGGCGGCAGAUUGGACUCGUUAGCUUCACGCUCCUUGGCGUUAUCCUCGUUACAAGACGUGCUUCGACUCGAUACGCCUCUGAGUCCCAGAUAUUGGCCUCUGAACCGUGUUGCCUCAUUGCUGCGAAGCUUCCCAGAGCUCACAUCCCUCCACCUCCCGUUUCUGUCUCAUCUCGGUGCUGGCCCCUCCUUGGGGGAGGGCACUGACGCCGGAUGUGACUAUAUCGAUGCCAUCUGCCACAUUGUUGCCCGCUGCUGCCCGUCCCUUCGCCAUUGUCACAUCGAGUUCGGUCGGCAGGUGGAAGGCGACAGAAAGAGCCGAUGGCACCCGUUACAGGCCACAGGCACGCGCUCCCAACCUCCUGAUACAGUCCCUCUCCCCUCCAAUAGCAGAGGCCGAAUCUUCAAUGCCGCUGCCGAGGACAAUCAAAACCCGACUGACAACAUUGGGGAUUCAGAAAGUACUGGCAACAGCCAAAACCCAGAAUCCCAUCCAGAUUCAGUUCACGGUCUCAUGCUAUUGCUCCAACGAUGCUCACACCUCACUUCCCUCCACCUCCUCACCUCCAACUUCUCCCCCUCUUCCUCCUCCACCUCAUCCUCCUCCUCCUCCCCCUGUCUACACUUUGCUCCGUCCCUCGACCUCCCGCCUUCCCACAACCACUCGCUCUCCACCAUUCACCUCCCUCUAACCAUCAUCCCUCUCCUCUCCCGCCUCUCCCACCUCUCGCUCUCACUCAAAACCAUCCCUCCCUCCCUCCUCCCCUCCGUCCCGUCUCUCAAAUCCCUCACCCUCCACGUGUCAGAUCCUGCUUGCACCGUCACCUGCUCCUCCGCCCCAUUCAGUCACCUCUCGUUACUGUCACAUCUGGAGCUGCAAAUGGGCUCUGAUUGGGCGAAAGCCUACCCAGUCCCGAGGCUCUACGAAAACAUGUUUUCAGGUCUUCAAGACACUCUCACCUCCCUCGCUCUCACCCUCCCUUUUAUGGCACACCUUCCACUUUCGAUAUGGGAACUAUCUGCCCUUCGCUCUCUUUCCAUUCGCAACCCGGCCUUUCAACCGGGCGUGCAGAGGCAUGCUUAUGAGGCAGGCGUGUCCGGGUUGCGGCAUUUGUCCUGUCUGCAGCUGCUGGGUCACCCGGUGCCCGGACUGAUGAUGGCGGCACUUGGUGGAACCCACCCGGAGACAACAGGAAGGGAUGGGGUAGAUCAACAGCAGCAUCAGCCGCAGGAGGAACAGCUAGGGAUUGGUGGGAACGAGCAGCAGCAGCAGCAGCGGGGUGGGCAGGGAGGUGAGGAGGCGAGCAGAACCCAGCAGCUGGAGCAGCUGCGCAUGUCCCGAGGCACCGUGGCAAUGUUGAACGCACACCAACUCGUUGGCCCUGCUGCUCAUCGUGCUGCUCCUGCUACUCCUGCUACUCCUGCUACUCCUGCUGCUCCUGCUGCUCCUGCUGCUCUUGCUGCCAAUGCUGCAUCUACUGCCCCUUUCGCCCCUCCAGCAGGUGAGGGGGCAGGCGAGGGGGCGGAUUGCGGAACUGGAGUGCCAGGAGUGGUUCUGCUCUUGGGAAUGACAGCUGCUCCUGCUUCUUUCCUGACUUGA